AUGUCUGAUAUUAAGACUGAAGAUGAAAUAAUCUCCUUAGAAAGGGAAAUGAAAGAGUUUUGGACCAAAUUGAAAAGCAUUUAUGGCUCGGAACAGAUCAGUCAAUCUUUAGCACUGAGAGAUUCAUACAAGGAGUCCAUAAAAGUGCUUUCAGAGAAAUGGUCUAAGAAGCUGAAAGAAGAGGACUUGAUGAUUAAUAAAAUUAAUGAGUAUAGCAAUGAGAUUCUCCAUCAGAGCCAACGUAUAUCAGAACAUCGGGAGCUUCUGGCAGAAAUAAAAUCUAACCUAACUCAAGAAAAAGAGAAAAACAAGGGCUUGACUGACAGCAUCCAAGAGCUUAAAGAAGAGUGUGAGAAGAAAAAGGAAAUAAUAUCUUCUAAAAACAAAGCUGCUAUGGAGAGAAUGGAACGACUAUGCAAGUGUAAGGAAUUGUUUGAGGAGCGGCUUGGAUUGGAGAUACGCAGAAUUCCCAAUGAGCAAUUACAGUUUAUAUUCCGGCAUAUUGACCACAAAGAUCCUGACAAGCCAUAUGUGUUUACUCUUUCCAUAAAUGAACAAGGAGAUUAUGAAGUGACUUCCUGUAUUCCUCCUCUCGACUGUAUAGCAGAGUUUCAGCUCAAAGUGAGAGAAACUAACAAUUUUUCUGCAUUUGUUGCCAACAUCAGAAAAGCUUUCGCUGAUUUAUCUCAUAAACAGUCUGCAUAA